CUCUAUAUAUAUAUAUAGAUAUGUAUGUAUACGUAUACCAUCCAUUUCAUCUUGCCUCUUGUUUCUGUUCUUGUAUAGAAUAUAUUUCACGAACAGAAACAGAGGCGAAUCUCUAUAGAGAGAAUUACAUAAACCCUAGGCAAAAACCUAGUCUUCAAGCCGAGGUGGUGCUGAAUCAUGAGUCUAUUCGGCCUCGGAAACAGAAAUCAAAAGACUUUUCGCCCAAAGAAGAAUGCUCCUUCUGGAACUAAGGGUGCACAGCUUCAAAAGCAUAUUGAUGCUACUUUAGGUAGUGGGAACUUAAGGGAAGCUGUUCGUCUUCCUCCAGGAGAAGAUCUCAAUGAGUGGUUGGCUGUAAACACUGUGGACUUCUUUAACCAAGUAAACAUUCUGCACGGAACGCUUACGGAAUUCUGCACGCCAACGAUUUGCCCAUCAAUGACUGCAGGACCAAAGUAUGAAUAUAGAUGGGCUGAUGGAGUGACCAUAAGGAAACCAAUAGAGGUGUCGGCUCCAAAGUAUGUGGAGUAUUUGAUGGACUGGAUUGAAACUCAACUUGACGAUGAAUCCAUUUUCCCUCAAAAAAUAGGAACUCCAUUUCCGGGGAACUUCCAAGAUGUUGUUAAGACAAUAUUCAAAAGAUUAUUUAGAGUCUAUGCUCAUAUCUAUCACUCACAUUUUCAGAAGAUUGUGAGUUUGAAGGAAGAAGCUCAUUUGAACACGUGCUUUAAGCAUUUUGUUCUUUUCACAUGGGAGUUCCGGUUGAUCGAUAAGGGAGAACUUGCACCUCUAUAUGAACUGGUUGAAUCCAUCUUACAGUUGUAGAGGAGAGUAUUUGUGAAACUUUUUAAUCUUGUUUUCAAUUUGGCGUGCAUUUCCAGCAAAAAGCUCUAGUUAUCUUAUUUCUUCUUCCUUGUGAUUUUUGGAAUUCUUUGUUUUCAGGAUAAACUAUUGUCUGACCAAUUUGUGGUGUGAUUAAAAUUAAUUUA